CGCCCAGCCCUCGGCGCAUGCGCAAGGCCAGCACCCGGCGGUCCAGCUCUCAGCUCAGUCCCGCGCUACCUCCUCUUCCUCUUUCAGCCCUGCGUUUCUUGGGUGCAGCUUCCGGGGUGCCUAGGCCGGUUCCAGAGUGGCCAAUUCCUGCUUUUUCGGUAUUCGUCCCACGCCCUUUGUCCCCCAGACGCCCUUUACAGGCCCGUGGCUCGUGGUGGAACCUCCCCCGACCAUCCCCGUCACGGAAAGCGCGCGUAGCGCUGCGCCCCAAGAGCCAAUCAGCAGCCGCCUUAGAAUGCCUAGGUAGAUUCCUGACGUCGAGGAGGUCGCCGACCAGAGUCCUGUAAAUAAACACAGACUGGCUUCAGAACGUCUUGAGAGAAUCGGCAAAGGAGCCUGGAAACAUUGGAGGUCCCCAGAUUGCAUGCAAUCAUGUCUGAGUCUGGCCAUAGUCAGCCUGGGCUCUAUGGGAUAGAGAGGCGUCGGCGGUGGAAGGAGCCUGGCCCUGGCGGCCCCCAGAACCUUUCUGGCCCUGGUGGUCGGGAGAGGGACUACAUUGCCCCAUGGGAGAGAGAGAGACGGGAUGGCAGUGAAGAGACGAGCUCUUCGGUCAUGCAGAAAACCCCCAUCAUCCUCUCAAAACCUCCAGCAGAGCGGUCAAAGCAGCCACCACCUCCAACAGCCCCUGCCGCCCCGCCUGCUCCAGCCCCUCUUGAGAAGCCUAUCGUCCUCAUGAAACCACGGGAAGAGGGGAAAGGGCCUGCAACUGUGACAAAUGCCUCAACCCCCGAGGGCACUGCCCCUGCACCCCCUGCAGCCCCAGCACCACCCAAGGGAGAAAAGGAGGGGCAGAGACCCACACAGCCUGUGUAUCAGAUCCAGAACCGAGGCAUGGGCACUGCUGCACCAGCAGCCAUGGACCCUGUCGUGGGCCAGGCCAAACUACUGCCCCCAGAACGCAUGAAGCACAGCAUCAAAUUGGUAGACGACCAGAUGAACUGGUGUGACAGCGCCAUUGAGUACCUGUUGGAUCAGACUGAUGUGUUGGUGGUCGGUGUCCUUGGCCUCCAGGGGACAGGCAAGUCCAUGGUCAUGUCAUUGUUGUCGGCCAACACUCCUGAGGAGGACCAGAGGGCAUAUGUUUUCCGAGCCCAGAGUGCUGAAAUGAAGGAACGAGGGGGCAACCAGACCAGUGGCAUUGACUUCUUUAUUACCCAAGAGCGGAUUGUUUUCCUGGACACACAGCCCAUCCUGAGCCCCUCCAUCUUGGACCACCUUAUCAAUAAUGACCGCAAGCUGCCUCCAGAGUACAACCUGCCCCACACCUAUGUUGAGAUGCAGUCACUCCAGAUUGCUGCUUUCCUCUUCACGGUCUGCCAUGUGGUGAUCGUUGUCCAGGACUGGUUCACAGACCUCAGUUUAUACAGGUUCCUCCAGACAGCAGAGAUGGUGAAGCCCUCCACCCCGUCCCCCAGCCAUGAGUCCAGCAGCUCCUCAGGCUCCGAUGAAGGCACGGAGUACUACCCCCACCUGGUCUUCCUGCAGAACAAAGCUCGCCGAGAGGACUUCUGUCCUCGAAAGCUGCGACAGAUGCACCUGAUGAUUGACCAGCUCAUGGCUCACUCCCACUUGCGUUACAAGGGUACUCUGUCCAUGUUACAGUGUAAUGUCUUCCCCGGGCUCCCACCGGACUUCCUGGACUCUGAGGUCAACUUGUUCCUUGUGCCCUUCAUGGACAGCGAGGCAGAGAGUGAAAACCCACCAAGAGCAGGACCCGGUUCCAGCCCUCUCUUCUCCCUGCUCCCUGGGUACCGCGGCCACCCCAGUUUCCAGUCCUUGGUGAGCAAGCUCCGGAGUCAAGUGAUGUCAAUGGCCCGGCCACAGCUGUCACACACGAUCCUCACGGAGAAGAACUGAGCCCUGAACCUCCCCAGCCCCAACAUCACAUGACUCUCUGUGUCCGGAGCCCACAACACAUCUGCCAGAUCCAGGUCUGUACCAUCUAAUUUCUAGAAGACACAAAUUUGAGAGGGAAAUAGCUUCACCUGGUGCAGCCUUUAGCGUGGCUCCCCUGGGCCUGCAGUCAGCUGUGGCAGAAAGGGCUGGGAGCUCUCUUCCUUUCACUGUCUACAGCAGAGGCCAAGGCAGGCAAGGGUCAUUACAAGACCCUGCAGGGAGAGAGAGGGAGAACCCCAAUCCACAAAGGCCAACACCGAGUAUGGAAAGAAGUUUGGUCUCAGAGUUGGGGCUUUGAGGCCUUUGUCCCAGACCAGGCACCCUCAGCUUUGCUCACCCUGGGUGAGGUCUGAGAACCUAGGCCUCUCCCGUCAGCAUGGCCAUCUUCCCUGCUUCUUGACCAAGGAAGCUCUUGUCUCAGGUCAUAUGGCUCGUACACAGGACCUGUUUUCCCUCCUGGCCAGGGUCAGCAUGAGGCUGGUGGGCCACAGCCAGGCAACUGACUGUGGACC